CUCUGUUUUUCUCCGGAACAAAACAGUUUGCUGGGCUUUAUCCUCGGCCAUUCCCAGUGUGCUCCAGUCAUCCCUCAGGUAUUAAAAAUAUGGAGGCAGCGGCUGACACAAGGACUAUAAACAUGGAAUAAAUGCGCCCGUCGCUCGAAAGCAGCCACAACAACAACAAGUGAAUCUCUACUCUCUUCCAUAAUUACCAUCGGUGGUCUUCCUGUUACUCCAGUCCCUUUUGUCUUCACCCGUCCGCCCUCUCUCGCACUCUGCUUCCCUCUCCCACAGAUGCGGACCAUCAUGGCCAGAAGCCCCAGCGAGUCAUUCUCCUUCUCUAAGAGGCACUUCCAGUGGAUAGCUGGCAAGGGUGGUGACGACAAAAGGCAAGAAGGAGGGAAGGCGGAGGAGGAGACGUUUACUUUCUCCACCAUCGCCUCGUCUUGCGAUGAUAAUGCGCCGAUGAAGGUAGAGGUAGCUCCGCCUCCCGCGAGGAAGAAGGGGCCGUCACCGUCCGCGGCAGCGGCGGCAGUCUCUAGGUUGCGGUCGGUGCUGGCAGCGGCAAUCGCCGGCAGACAUCGACCGGUGGGCAUCGGGCCCCGCGUGACGGGCACGCUAUUCGGGCACCGCCGCGGCCACGUCUACUUCGCAUUCCAAGUCGAUCCGCGCGCUUGCCCGGCGGUGCUGAUCGAGCUCACCACGCCCACGAACACGCUGGUCAGGGAGAUGGCCUCCGGGCUGGUGCGGAUCGCGCUGGAGUGCGAGCGGCGGGCCGGCGGCGGAAAGAAGCUACUGGAGGAGCCACUGUGGCGUGCGUACUUCAACGGCAAGAAGUGCGGCUACGCGGUGCGCCGAGAGUGCGGCCCGGCGGAAUGGAGGGUCUUGCGGGCGGUUGAGCCGGUGUCGACGGGCGCCGGCGUGCUCCCUGGCGACGGCGGAGCCUACGGGGAGAUGAUGUACAUGAGGGCAAGGUUCGAGCGGGUGGUAGGUUCCAAGGACUCCGAGGCCUUCUACAUGAUGAAUCCCGAUAACAGCGCCGGCCCCGAGCUCAGCAUAUACCUGCUCAGAGUCUAAACAAGCUAUUUCUUUCUCGGGAGGAUCUUCUUGUCACUUCAUUCAUUGUCUUCCUCGAUCUCCUUCUCACCUUCGUCUCCUACUAGUAAUAAUUAAGUCCUUUGUGGUUGCUCUCAUCCUGGUCUGCUUAUUUUCCUUCUCUUCUUCUGCUGGCAAUGCUUCAGACCAUAUCGGUUACGUAUUUUUAUCGUAUGCAUGUAUAGGCUUUGUAAUUUCACGUUCUUGGAGAAGAGGCUCGACGUAAUAGAAACUCUU